AUGACCACCAUACAGCAGGGUUCGCUGUUGGACGUGCUGAAGAAAAAAAUGCGUCAGACCAAGGAGGAGAUGGAGAGGUAUAAGGAGGAGUGCGAGGAUUUCCACAAGAAACUCCAGAUGGAGGUCAUGAGACGCGAGGAAGCUGAAAGUGAAGUUGCUGCACUUAACAGGCGUAUCCAAUUGUUGGAAGAGGACCUUGAAAGGUCUGAAGAGCGCUUGGCCACGGCCACUGCUAAGUUGGCCGAGGCAUCUCAAGCUGCUGAUGAGUCUGAACGUGCACGUAAGGUGUUGGAAAACCGCAGUUUGGCCGAUGAAGAACGUAUGGAUGCAUUGGAGAAUCAGCUAAAGGAAGCCCGCUUCUUGGCUGAAGAAGCUGAUAAGAAAUAUGAUGAGGUAGCGCGUAAGCUGGCCAUGGUUGAAGCCGACUUGGAAAGAGCCGAAGAACGUGCCGAAUCAGGCGAAUCAAAGAUCGUGGAAUUGGAAGAAGAAUUACGUGUUGUUGGCAACAACUUGAAAUCCCUCGAGGUUUCUGAAGAAAAGGCAAAUCAACGUGAAGAAGAAUAUAAGAACCAAAUUAAGACUUUGACCAACCGUUUGAAGGAGGCUGAGGCACGCGCUGAAUUCGCUGAGAGAUCAGUGCAGAAAUUGCAGAAGGAAGUCGACAGGCUCGAAGACGAGUUGGUACACGAGAAAGAGAAAUACAAAUACAUUUGUGACGAUCUUGACCAAACGUUCUCUGAACUUGUUGACUAA